AAUAAAUUUUUCUCAAAACAAAUCAGGAAAAUUCCCUGAUUGACCUCAUGUGGCCUACACUCAGCUCCUCCCGCUGACAUACACACAGGAAGCUCCAACGAGCUUUCGACGACGGCUGAUUAUACAGAGAGAGACAGAGGGACAGGGAGGGAGAGAGACAAAGAGAUGAAUUCUUCUUCGGCUUUCUCAAUGGACGAUCUUGAUGCGCUCUGUCAAUCUCCGGCGCCGGCGCCAGAGCUGCCGUUCCAGGCUUCUGCGGGUGAUGCUCAGAGGAUGAAUAGGAGCUUUUCGGAAUGGGCGUUCGAGAGGCUUAUUCAGGAAGCUUCGGGCUCUCCGGUCUCGGAGGCUUCGGUGGUUGGCGGUGCGAAUGGUGACUUUUCUGGCCGCUCCCGUGCUUCUUCUUCCAGGCUUGAAGAAGGAGACGAGGACGUUGUUGAGAUCAAGAAGCCUCCGCCGCCGUCGCAUCCAUCUCCCUCUGCGGCUUCGAUUGAUUCGGAUGACUACCAGGCAUACCUCAGAAGCCGCCUCUUUCUGGAUUGUGCUGUUGUUGCGAAGCGUCGGUCACCUACUGGAAAACCGCUAAACUCAACCUCUUUAGCUGAAAAUAAUUCACUGGCUUCAAUACAUUCAAAACUGGGAUCCCAGGCUCUAGGACCUGGGGAUGGUAUGUCUAUGGAACAAAGUAAGGUAAGCAGUGAAUCACUUGGAAUGCAUACUUUGCCCACUUUGGAGAAAAAAUCAGGGGUACAUGUUGCAAUAACAACAAGUGAGUCAUCCAAAGAACAAUCAGAUGAUGAUGAUGAUCUUGAAGGGGAUACAGAAACCACUGAGAAUACAAAUCCUAGUGACGAUAAACGUGCACGGAGGAUGCUGUCUAACCGAGAGUCUGCAAGACGAUCUAGAAGAAGAAAGCAAGAACACUUGAAUGAACUUGAGACACAGGUUUCACAGUUGAAGGUUGAGAACUCUUCAUUGUCCAAGUGUCUUACAGAUGUAAGUCAAAAGUACCAGGAUGCAGCUGUUGACAAUCGAGUUUUAAAAGCUAAUAUUGAGACAUUGAGAGCAAAGGUGGAGAUGGCUGGAGCUGCAGUUCAAAGGGCGGCAGGCUUCAACCCUCUCCUUCGACCCAUCCCUGAUAGGCCUAGCAUUGGUGAGCCAUUUGUCAACAGGCAGUCUAAUGUACCGAUCAAAGUACCUGUCCAAGCACAACUUGACACAAACAGCUUCUUCCAUCAACCAGUUCCUAAUACCACAAGUGCUCCACACAGCCAAAGAUUGAACAAUGUCUUCCCCAUCAAUUCUCCUGCUGCCCCUGCUGACAAUGUGCAUAAUGAUGGUACAGGAAACAAGAAGGGCCAAACAUCUCCAUUGCAACCUGUAGCCAGCUUAGAACACGUGCAGAAGCAGAUUUGCAUAGGCACUGAUCAUUGUGGUGCCUCUAAUGCACUUCUAAAUGGCAAUUAAUAAGUAGAAGUGGAUCUCAAAUGCCCCAUCUACCUGUCUUUUUUGGGUCUGGUGGCUCUGAUCCCAUGUGUUAGUUCUUCUUGGCUGAAAAACUUCUUUAAAGCCUGACUUGUGCUUCUUCAUUUUGUUUGUACUGUCUGGUUCUAUCGCCGUGUCUAAACAUAAGCUAGAAACUACAUUAUUGCAUGUAAGGCUUAAAACCUUUGCAUGAUGUUGCAUGAACAAAUUCUGUAGUUUAUUGAUUGGAGUGGUUCCACCAACUAAAGUUUAUUUAACCUAUAUUAUUAAUUUGAA